AAUAGUCAAAAUCGUGCGUGGUGAGAAAGAGAGAACAUAUUGCAAGUUUCUGAAUGUGGUUAAAUCGUGAGAGAAAAACCCAAAAAACUUUCCGAGUUUGAAUUGGAUCAACACCCCACUGAUUCUCCUUCAUUGUCUUUGACAGUUGAAUUUCCUCAUAAAUUCAAAUCCAUCUGUUUUUCCUUUCCCUUCAAUUUCAGUUUAUUUCUUUCCUUCUCCGAUUUGAUAUCGGAGGAACGACGCCUGGCUCAUGGAUUCCCCGCGGUUCCUCUCAUUUUCUCUUUGUUUUCUCUUCGUGUUCACUGCCUUGGCUCGCUUGCCGGACAUGCGCGCGCACAAGAAAAUAAGUGGAUCUGUACUUCGAUUGAAGGGGGAACCCUCUCCGCUCAUUUUCGAUCCAACACGAGUCACUCAGCUCUCCUGGCAACCCAGGGCAUUUUUGUAUAAGGGAUUUUUAUCUGAUAAGGAAUGUGACCAUCUAAUCGAUCUGGCCAAGGAUAAAUUGGAGAAGUCAAUGGUAGCAGAUAAUAAUUCUGGUAAGAGUGUAAGUAGUGAAGUCCGGACGAGUUCUGGCAUGUUCCUUCACAAGGCCCAGGAUGAAAUAGUUGCUGCCGUUGAGGCCAGGAUUGCUGCAUGGACAUUCCUUCCAGCAGAAAAUGGAGAGUCCAUUCAAAUUCUGCACUAUGAGAAUGGUCAGAAGUAUGAACCACAUUUUGAUUAUUUUCACGACAAGGUGAACCAGGAGUUAGGUGGCCACCGAGUAGCCACAGUCUUGAUGUAUUUAUCCAAUGUUGAAAAGGGUGGAGAAACCAUCUUUCCAAAUUCAGAGUUUAAAGAAUCUCAAGAAAAGGAUGACAGCUGGUCUGAUUGCGCUCGUAAGGGUUAUGCAGUUAAAGCGAAGAAGGGUGAUGCAUUGCUGUUCUUCAGUCUCCAUCUCGAUGCAACAACAGAUGUCAAAAGCUUGCACGGCAGUUGCCCCGUGAUUGAGGGCGAGAAAUGGUCUGCAACCAAAUGGAUUCAUGUGAGAUCCUUCGAGAAGCCAACUCGCCCAAGUCGUCGUCUAGAUUGCGUUGAUGAGAACGAAAAUUGCGCUUCAUGGGCCAAAAGGGGUGAGUGCAAAAAGAACCCUACUUACAUGGUGGGUUCUGAAAGUGCUUUAGGAUACUGUAGGAAGAGUUGCCAAGCCUGUUAAACCUAAAAGCUAAAACUAGGAAAAAUUCCACAUAUCUCUCUCUCUCUCUCUCUCUCUCUCUCUCUCUCUCUCUCUUGUUUUGCCAAGGGUGAGUGUUGAUUCCCUAAUGGCUGUGGUGUAUAUAACAUUGGGCAGUACCUUGGUAUACAAGUGGGUAUUCAUCUCUAAGAUUAAAACUUGUAGUAGCAAUUAGCCAAAUGUUUCAUUUGGUGAAAUGAAACACAAUGAGAAAAUUCUCUGUAAUCUCAUAUAUACUAUUGAGUAUUGAGUGAGAAGGGUGACUUAUUUGUCAACUUUUUCACUUAAGUUUACAAUUAUAUAUUUCUGUCCCUUCUUGAAGUAUGCAAUAAAACUUUAUAUCAAUACCAA